ACACGCCUCUUCCACCUCCUCCUGCUCCUUCCUCUCUCCUUCAUGGCGACGCCGCUCCGUCUGCUGCGCGGACAGGCCAGCGUGCUGCGUUCGCCUUCGCCAUGGCUGGCGCGCAGCCUCUCCUCCGCCGCCUCCGACGUGCUUGCUGCAGCCGAGGCACAGGCUGCUUCUUCCUCGAAGCGGCCCGCCGAGGAAGACGCGAGAGUGCGCAGUGCCUCUUCCUUCCCUGCCGAGCCCGCCUCGAGCGUCAUCGAUGUGGCAGCCUACCUUGCGCAAGUCAGCAAGGAAGUCGACGGAGGUCGAGGACAUGCCGACGAGUCCGUCGAGCUGGCCGAGCUCGACGCUGUCGUUGAGCGCGCCGCACGAAAGUGUAUGCGUCGACGGCGGUCCAGACGCACUCCGGCGGGUGAGGUGGAUGAGGAACUCAAGCGGGUGGCUACACUGUGGAAGGAGACGUACAGAGAGGUAGCGAAGGCCUUCACGAGGACACAGCUCGGACAGCUGAUCAAGCUGGCGGGGAUCAAAGGCGCAUCGACGGGAGCCAAGGAGAUGCUGGUGCGCAAGAUCUUACUCAACUACGUCGAGCUUCAAGAUCCCACUGCUGCCUCUUCUCUUUCCCAUGCGAACCCUUCGCCUUCUCGCGCAGCCUCGAAAGCAGCCGUCGAGGCACAUCGACAGACAUUGCCGAUGCGCAGAUCCGAGGCUUGGCUCUUCGCGACCCAGGUGCCGUUUGGCACGGUGCGCAAGCAACUCAGAUUGGGAGCGGCCGACGCGCAAGUGCUGCGCGCGGAGAUGGGAUUUGAGAUGAUGCUCAAGGCGGCAAGUGAUGAGCAGCUGCAGAAAUUGACGAAGUGGCUGGAGGAGUGGAAGUCUACGAUCACUCGCACCACCAUCACCCUCUCCUCACUCUUCGCUCCGAACGUCGCACGCCCCGACGCCAUCCCCGUGCGCGUACUGCGCGACAUCUGUUCCGCGUCCGACUGCUUCCUCACCAACGUCACGCUCGAGUCUGAGCCAGACGUCGACGGCGCCUCGCACGAGCCCAGCGUGCGCAUCGAUGCGCUCACACCGAGCUCACACCAGCGUGCGCUCUCUCUCCUUCGCGCAUGGGCCCAUGACGCUGCGAGUCAAAGGCUGCUGUUGGCGUACGAGCCUAGCGCGGCCGAACAAGAACUGGCUCUACCGCUGCACGAACCCACGUACGCCUUCAUCCCGCACGCGGCUGUACAGCCAGUGCCGCCACUCAGUCGGCGCGAAGGCUUGACGUGGCGCAUGACACGGCAGUACAAAGCCUGGGAGCUCGGCAAUGCCGCGCCGCCACGACAGUUGAGGAAGGUGCAGGAUGAGCAGGCGAUGGCAGAGGUGUGGAAGAAGCUGGACGCAGCUGAGGAGGUCGAGCUGCAGGACGCCUCCUACACGCGUGAGGUCCACUUCGGGCACUUCCUCUACUCUUCCGACUCUGCCACCUCCCUCCUCCAGCCUCCGCUUUCCGGACAGUGGGCGCUCGCUCCAGCGCUUGCCGAGCUCGCAAGCGAGCAAGUGGCGCCGCUCUUCCAUCCUGCGCAUCCGCCCUUGGUACUGAGUCUCGCGCGCUCUGCACACGUGCCCGCACUCGAUCCGAACAUGGGCCUGGGCGCAAGGAAGUCGUCGCAGCGACUGCAGCUGGCCAGAUUGACGUAUAGAGAUGAGCAGGGCAAGAUGCUCGUGGUGGACGUGGAGCAGCCGGUUCCGGAAGCGUUCGAGGAACAGAAGGCGAAGGCCGCAGCGACGUCUGGAUCAUCGACGAAUGCUUCGCAGGAUGACGAGAUCACCGCCCGGUGGGCUACCUCCUCCGCACCGCAAAACGACGCCAAGGCCGAUCCGCUCGAUGAACUCGCAGACGUGCUCGAGGGCAUGCUGCGCGAUGACCCGUUCGACGAGGCAGCAUCGUCAGGCACGACGUCCGAUGCAACAGCUGCGAAGCGCCAACGACCUGCACAUGCGGAUCUGCUGCAGACGUACUGGCGGGUGGCAAGGGAGGCGGACGUGCUGGUGCCUGAUUCGCCGAUCGACAUGCGCCUCAUCUCGUGCGCUGCGGUGCCGCUGCCUGCGGAGACGGAGAUGGACGUUGCAGACGCACUGGGAGAGUUCGUCGAGCAGUGGGCGCAGCUGGUGAAGCGGUUCGACAAGAACGCGGCGACCAAAGCGCAAGCGCAGCACACUGCUCCUCCAGUCCCACUCUCACACGAGGUCAACCCCAUCGUCCCCUCCGCCCUCGUCCUCUCAAACGGCACGACACUGCAGCUGCAAAGCGCAGUGUCUCUGUCGCGCCACGAACUCGUCUUCUCCGCGGCGACGCUGCGCAUCGACGGCGUCAUGGCCGACGGCGACUCUGCGCCGCGCCAAGAGGCCUCGCUCGUCCUUGACGCGGACUGUGCGUGGGACCAGACGGCGAUGCUCAUCAAGGACGUCCUUGAUGGACAGUACAGGACGCUGCGCGCUCGGUGAGCGUGUCGGCGACAGCGGACGGGCAUGCGAUGGACGAUGCUCCUUGCGAGAGCUGCAAAUGCAACGCCAUCAUCGCCUCGCGGAUCGACCUCAGCAGCGAACACAUGCCUCGAGCACCGUAGGCGUGGGACAGUGCUUGGCGGCGGCUGAUGAGGCAUGCACGUGAUGGACGGUGCGGUGGAGAGAAACGCC